AUGCGCUGCUUCAGCUCAGCGUUCUCGUGAUUUGAGUUUACUCGAAAAUGUCAACAAUCACACACUAGCUUGCAGUGGGCUACUGAGCGAAUUCAUCUAAAUCACAGGGUUAUAGAGUUAGGCUUACCCCGAGAAUGGAGGUCUGAAGCCCCCUGUUACGGAAGCCCUAGAGGAGACUGCAAGCGCAAACAAGCAACAGGUGUUCUCGAAAGAAUUGGUGUUACUAAGGACAUCUGGACAAUCUUCCUCCUGACCCUUUCUUGCUCACUCUUUGCUCUUUUGUUUUGUCUUGUAUUCUCCUGUCUCCUUCCUUUUUUCCCUUUUCUUUUUUUCUUUGCUUUUGUUUUUCUCCACCAUCCCCUCCCCACUCCACCGUCGUCAUGUCAACAGUCAUCCUGCAACGCCUGAGCACGCUGUCCUUGACCGUGAAGCAGCUGGGCAACCUGCCGCGGCUGUCCACCCCCUCCCCACCCUCCCCGCCCCCAAAACCCACUGUGCCGGCCGGUGACGUCCCUAGCCUGUUCCGCGAGCCCUACAUCCUGUCCGGCUACCGGCCCACAGGCCAGUCCUGGAAGUGCUACCUGCUGAGCGUCUUCCAGUGGCAUAACGAGUCGCUCAAUGUGUGGACGCACUUACUGGCCGCACCUGUGCUGCUGCUGCGCUGCUGGGCUCUGCUGGCCGUCACCAGCGGCGACGACGGCGGGCACCCGCUGCUGCUGGACCUCUCUGUGCUCCCCCUGGCUCUGUACGUGCUCUCGUCGCUGACGUACCUGGCAUGCAGUGUGGCGGCACACCUGCUGCAGUCACACUCCGAGCUGGCCCACUACUCGCUCUUCUUCCUGGACUACGUGGGCGUGGCCGUCUACCAGUAUGGCUGCGCCCUGGGCCACUAUUUCUACUCCGCCGAGGCAGCCUGGCGCAACACGGGGGGCCUCAGAACCUUCUUCCUCCCAGGUGCCGCCCUGUUGGCAUGGCUCUCCUGCGCCUGCUGCUGCUUUGCCAAGGCCCACUACCGUCGGCCGUACCCGCUGCGCCGCAAGGUGUGCCAGCUCAUCCCCACCUCCCUGGCGUACUUCCUCGACAUCAGCCCCGUGGUGCAGCGCCUGGUUACAGGCGACUGGGAGCGGGACGCAGCUUUGCCGUUCCACGCCGGCCAGGUGGCUUUCUUCCUGAUGGCGGCCUUCUUCUUCUCCUACCCAUUCCCAGAGUGCUUUCUCCCAGGCCACUGUGACAUCGUCGGCCACGCCCAUCAGGUGUUCCACCUCUUCCUUUCGAUGUGCACUAUGUGCCAGUUGGAAGCGCUCUUCAGGGACUUCGUUGCGCGGAGGGAAGCCAUCCUGGAGGUACAUGGAGAAGAGCUCGUUGUGGAAGCAAGCGUGUCUUUCUUCAUUCUGGUGCUGUGCUGCUUGGCCACAGCAGGUUGGAUGCACAGGACUGUUCACAAGCAGCUGAAGAACAAAUAGCCAUAGAACCUCUCACCGUUUUUCUUAUCUUGUUUAGACUAAAUCUCAAUUUGCUAUGAGUAAAGAUGGGUAGAUACCACUGACUUAAGAGUUGUAUUGAAACAUAGCAAUAUUUAUGAAAUGUUCAUAUGAUUAUUUAUAAAUAAAUGGAUGUAAUAUAACAUAUAGUAUGCACAUUAUGGUUUUCAUAUGAACGAUUAACUUAAAAUUUUCCAGACCACUUUGCCAUUGUGCAGUUGCAAAUCAAAACGGAAAUACUGCCAAGUCUUUCACAGUGCUAUCAGAUAGAGAGCUCUAAAGCACAUGCAAGAGGAUUGAAUUUAUUUGGGUUCUGUUGUGUGUUGGCUGUAUCGUCUUAAUAUGUCAGCCCCUCAAAAAAAAAAAAAAAGGUCAGCAUUUGUGAGUUUACAGUGGCAACCCUGGUGGGUGCUGUGUUCAUUCCAUUGUGCUUUAAUCUAUAGCUCAGACAACAUUCCUCCUGGAACCACCGGCUGCUCUGGCCUACUUGAAAGCCAGCUUUGGAGUCUGGUCAGCCGCCGUCCCUAAAAAGAUUGAAUGGAGGAAUAAAGCUGGAUUAGGGUUUUUUUUUUUUUGUGAAAAAAAUGAGCGAAACCUCACUCGCUAAUAGAGAGGGAAGUGGUAGAAGAGGGGGUUUGAACCAAGACAUCUGUUUUUAUUAUUUUUUGCAGAUGUGUCUUUUUUUUCUCUCUUUUAGCAUUUAGAAUUGGUUAAUGACCAAUCUGAUUGGACAAUCUGCUUCUGGUCCAAUUAGGAAGUACCUUUGUCUUAAUGCAAGUGCUUUGAAGGCUAUGCUGCUAGCAACUAACUCUGAAGGCUAUUCCUCUAGCAAGAGUUUUUUUGUAAUGCUUGUCGUACAGGCAACAUGCACUGUUUACACAUUGUUAAAACAUGAUUAAACAUCUAUUCUGAUUUCAUUCAACACAGAACAAAGAAAGCUGUUGAGUACCUUGGUAUGCAAACCUAUUGUAAGCAGUAUUUUGGCAAAGCUGUUUGCAGGGCUAAACAGCCAACAAUUCAGUCAUAUGUUUUACAUUUUGUGAUUAAUUCCUCCUGGGUCCAGAGCAGCAUCACAGAAUUUAACAUUGUUUACUAUAUUGACCAUAGAGUGCAACCUACAAGACUGUCCAGUAAUAUCCAAAGCAGUCCAUGUAGACUCCUCACACUAUAAGAAAUGAAAUAGUUACUUAUUUACUCAGAGUAACAUGAAUCUGGUCUUGCUUACUUCUCAUGUUUAUCAGCAACAAGGCCGCAUUGUACUGCCUGUACUGAAGUUGCAUUCACCUUUAUAAAACAGGCCAGGAUGAGGUCAUCUCUCACACUCUCUCUCUGACCAUGUAACUAUGGCCAUGUGUUUUUCUCUCCGUCCUCUCUCUCUCUCAUCCAGGCUUGGUAUUAUGUCAAUUAAUAUCAAUACAUUUGAGAACUGGGUACAUACUACAGUCACAUACUGUGUAACCUCUGAAUAAUUACCUCAGCGAUCUUGUUAAAACAAACCAACACUUUUGUAUCGUGGCUUCAAUGUAUUUUUAAUUCAGGAUUAUUUUACAGACUGAGUGUAACUAGGUCUAGCUAUAACAAAAAAAAACAUGACUUGAAAUGUCUGUGGGUUGUAACAUUGUAACACUUUUUUUGUCUGAUCACAUAUC